AUGGCCCUACAAUGUGCGGGGGUGAACCAUUGUAACUUUGUGCUAGCGGAGGACUAUCCUCCUUCUAAAAGCUGGGCUCCUGGUGUCAUCUUCCUUAAAUACGCUUGCUUUGAUGAUUUAUUAUCGAUCCACUAUUGCAGUCGGGAGCUGUACAUAUCGCAUUCAGGUCCCGACAGUGAGGGAUACAUACGGACACCCGGCUACCCCCAUUUCUAUGUCGGCGAUGAAUGCCGAUGGAAAUUAAGGGUUCAUCCGGAGCAAAGGGUCCGGGUCACGCUAUUGGAUGUUAGUUUGAGAAGUAUAGGUCCGUUCGAGAAAGAAUGCAUCGAUUUUGUUUCUAUAGAAGAUUCGAACGGCAGUGUUCUGUUGUCUACUUGUGAGCAAGUCGACUUACCUCUUCGCUUGACUUCCAAUACCGAUACUGUUGAAGUAGUUGUAGAAGCUAAGUCUAAAGGCGCCUUUCCUAAAAGAGGCGUGUUGUUACAUUAUAAAAGUAUAGGUUGUGUUACGCUACCAGCGCCAUCUAGUGGUUAUUUGGUGUACCGCAAUGGAGACUUCGCGCACUAUAUGUGUAACGUUAACCUUGUUUUCGAUGACACCCAACAGAGGACGCGAGUUUUAUGGUGCUAUGAUGAUAAUAGAUGGAAUGAUACAACUGUUUGGUCGCGUGUCGAGCACGUGUCUAUAAAAGAGGCGGCUCAUACGGUCGCCGGGAACGAUUCAGCGCCGGAAAGUUCAGAUAAAGAUACAAAGCUGCCGCACAACGAGGCAAACAUGAUAGUUG